UACUCUUUUAGUGUUGCUGAUAUUAUUCUCUUGACACGUAGCUCAGUUGGCGAAGUCCAGAGUAGAAUUGUUCUACGUUGCAGACGGUCAGAAAUGUCAGGGUUUGACAACCUCAACACAGAUUUCUACCAGUCCAGCUACAGUGUAGAUGACCACGGGCAACCUGCUGGAUAUGGCUACAGUAACACAGAAGAUCCCUACAAACAGGGUCAAUAUGGUCAGUAUGACUACUCCCAGCCAAUGGGAUACGCAGCCCCAGGGAUGAUGCAACCUCAGCAGCCCUACACCGGCCAGAUCUACCAGCCCACACCGGCCUUCACACCUUCCCCCACACAGUCCAUGUACGGCAGCAGCUUUGACGACGAGCCCCCGCUGCUGGAGGAAUUAGGCAUAAACUUUGACCACAUCUGGCAGAAGACCCUGACAGUGCUCCACCCCAUGAAGGCAGCAGACGGUAACAUUAUGAACGAGACUGACCUGGCUGGACCCAUGGUGUUCUGUCUGGCCUUCGGAGCCACCUUACUUCUCACAGGAAAGAUCCAGUUUGGCUAUGUGUACGGCAUCAGUGCCAUCGGCUGCCUGGGGAUGUACUGCCUCCUCAACUUAAUGAGCAUGACCGGCGUGUCGUUUGGCUGUGUCGCCAGCGUACUGGGCUACUGCCUGCUACCCAUGAUCCUCCUUGCCAGCUUCGGAGUCAUCUUGUCUUUACAAGGCAUGUUUGGAAUAAUCAUCGCAGCCACGAUAAUUGGCUGGUGCAGUUUCUCUGCUUCCAAGAUCUUCAUCUCGGCCCUGGCCAUGGACGGACAGCAGCUUCUGGUGGCGUACCCCUGUGCCCUCCUCUACGGGGUCUUCGCCCUUAUCUCUGUCUUCUAAAUGUUGUCUGUCUACACCAGGGUUCCCCUAACUCGGUCCUGGGGCUCUGAUGCACAUUUCUUUUUUUUGCCCUAGUACCACACAUGUUUUGAAUAACCAACUCUUCAAGCUUUGAUUAUUUGAGUCAGUUGUGUAGAAAUCCAAAACCAAAAUGUGCACCCAGGUGGUGGGACCAGGACAGAGUUGGGGAAACCCUGGUCUAGAACUGUUUUCCAACUCCUAUCCUCCUGUAUCUCCAACAGAACACAUUCUUCCUGUAGCCCUGGACAAGCACACCUGAUUCAACUUGUCAACUAAUCAAGCCCUCAUUGAGUUGAAUCAGGUCAGUUUGUCUGGGGCUACAACAAAAAAAGUGUAUGCUAUUGGAGGUACUGGAGGACUGGCAUUGGGAGACACUGGUCUACACCCUGUAAACGGAUUAACAAACCCAACUAACUUUAGGGCCUGUCAGAGGCCCUUCUGUGCUGCACCCCCAUCGCAGUGGUGUGGCCAGUUACCCUGUCUGUUGCAUUCCAUUUUUACAUCUGCCUACACGGGUCUGCGCAGAAGUUUCAAUUCCAAACCCCUUCUAUUCAGGACUAAGGACCCAUCCACCGACCACCACAGAAUCUUCUAUUCCAUUUAAAGCUUCUUUAUUCUGUAUGUUUGUUUCUUAGAUUUAUUUGAGCCUUGAGGCCUUCAGAAAUUGGUUUGCACAAGUAUUUUCAAUUUUAUUCAACUGAAGCAGCAGAUUUGAAAUAGAGCAGUUAGUUAAUUCUGCCGGCCCUCUCAUGCAUACAUGCACAUCUGGGUACACUGAGGUCAACUUGCAACUCGGAAGAGACAUGUCUUACAAAGCUGAAAUCGUUUUAAAUUGCUGAAACACCAAAGCUCUGUGCCCUUCCCCACUAUAUUUCCCAGCCCUAGGCACAUGGCCUAACAGUGAGCCUCCUUAGCUAACUACAUGUGGUCAAGGGUGUGUUAGUUAUGCAGCUUGUGUGAUUGUAAACUUUGGUCAGUCAGUGCCUGCGUAAUGACAGCUGCACACAUGCAGACUCAAAGAAUUUAUGUCCCAAAAAAAUAAGAUGUUUUUUCAUUUUCUCUAUUGACCAGUGGGAACCAGCUAAUGUGUGCCUCAUGACCUAGUUUUUGUUCAUAUUUCCCGGUACAUGUAUUUUUAUUGUAAAAUGAUAGUUUGUUGAUCACAUUAAAGCUGCAAUAUGUAACCUUUUGGGCGACCCAACCAAAUUCACAUAGAAAUGUGAGUUAUAGCUCUGUCAUUCUCAUUUGAAAGUAAGUCUAAGAAGCGGUAGAUAUGUUCUUUGUACGCUAUUUCUAUGCUUUCCUUAAGUUUCACUGUGUAAUGGUAUUGUACUACAGGUUGUUAAACCACACACGAAGGAGCUCACAGAUCCUGAGUUUUGUCUCCUACACCUUAACUUAAUCCUCCUUUUCAUGCAGUUUGCAUUUGAUCAGUUUUCUAUUGUUUUCAACCCUGUUCCUGGAGAGCUACCGUCCUGUAGGUUUUCACUCCAACCCUGUUCCUGGAGAUCUACCAUCCUGUAGGUUUUCACUCCAACCCUGUUCCUGGAGAGCUACCCUCCUGUAGGUUUUCACUCCAACCCUGUUCCUGGAGAGCUACCCUCCUGUAGGUUUUCACUCCAACCUUUAAUCUAGCGCACCUUCUAAUAGUUAGCUGGUGUUGGAGUGACAAUCUACAGGAGGGAAGUUCUCCAGGAACAGGGUUGGAGACACCCCUGCUGUAGGCUAUGCGUUGAGGGGUUUUUUUGGCUUCAGGUUGAGAGUUUCGGUCUUUUGCCAUUCACUUUGGACUGAUAUUAAAAUGUGGCUUUGGAAUUUUGGUUUCACACACAGGUGUCAUCUGGGAGGCUGUUAAUGAGCACAGGGUUUUAAGGACAUUGGGGGUUUGUGUUUUUUGGUUUUCCUAUAGAUUUGUUUCUGUGCUAAACCUGAGCUCCUCAAAUGGAUGCGUUUUUAUAUUUUUGCCCUCUUAAGCAAAAUGCGGCAAUGAAAAUGGAGUGCUUUUCAAUUUCAACAAAUGUUAAGGGGAUACUGCCAUUCAAAAAAAUCAGAGUAAAUACAGUAAGUAGCCUUUCACGAGCUAGCUGGAACGGCUCAUAGGAGCAGAUCUCCUGAGGUAGCUUGACGUACAAGUAUACCCCCUGGACAGGAUGCUAGUCUAUCGUAGGGCCUUACCCAAAAUCUAUCUCCUUAAUGCUGAGUGCCAGGCAGCGACACAUCGUGUCCCAUUCUUAGUCUCUUUGUAUGAUGCGGCCAGGGAUCAAACUCCCAACCUUUCAAUCUCAGGGAGGACACAAGGCCACUGAGCAAUUACAGUGCUGCUCUUAUAUGGCCAAGUAUUUAUAUACUGUAUCAUUUGUUUUGUACAUCAAAGUCGAUGUUGUGCUUUUGUCAUGUUGAAAUUCUUGAUAGAUGGGCGUCGUGCUUGGGUGGUUUUAUCUGCCACAAUCUAAAUAAAAUAUCUCAUGUCA